GUGCGCAGGCCAGUCUGGUCGACACUGUGGCUGUGUGGAUGUGUGGGGCAGCAUCACAGAUUCCAGAGAGGUCAAAGAGGGUCAAACGUCGCCCCCGGUGGACUAACUAACGGACAGACGCACGGACGGGCUGCUUUGUGGCGGAGAAUUUUAAAAGCACAGAGGAUUUUUUUUUUUUGGCGGGGGGAUUUAUUUUAUUUGCAGCCAGGAUGAGGGGCAGCACGGUGGCUCGGUGUGUGACUCUGCUGGCCCUGUGUUGUCUUCUGAUACCCCGAGGAGGUGAGGCCGCCGGGGGGGUAGUUUCUCAGCAGCAGGGUGAAGAGAGCAGCCGAGAGGUGGAGGAGGACAACCACGAUCGCGAUCCUGAUCCCGGUCCUGAUCAAGUCCCCGCAGGAGACCCACGCCCUCUGGAGAGAGACGUUCGGGAGACGGGGGAGGCAGUGAGGGCAGGACUGUUGGCCAGAGUGAGGAGGGCAGCGGAGGAAGGUAAGAAGAAGAAGAAGGACAAGAAGAAGAACAAAGAGCCCAAGGAUCCGAACGCGACCAAAAAACCCCGAGGCGAGAAGAAGGGGAAGAAGAAGGACAAGACGACGACCACCGCACCCCCGACUACCACGGCAGUCCCGACGGAACCACCCACGGAACCACCCACGGAACCACCGACGGACUACCCUUACUACGACCCUGACCUUUGGAAACCGGACGAGGACUACUGGGACGCCGGACCCACUACCCCCAGACCUCAGCCUGCUAACCCCACCGCGGACUUGCACGACCACUGGCCGGAGGAGGUCGACCCGGCUGUCACAGACGCCCACGAGGAUUACUGGAAAGCGAGGGAGAGGGCGCCGUCGUCCACACCGCCGCCCGACGCCCAUGACGACGACCUUUGGAAGACGGAACCUUCCACGCCAGCGCCUGUUAUUUACGACGACCUCUGGAAACCGGACGAGAUGGAACCCAACACCUUCGUGACGGACAACUACGACAACUACUGGAGAGAGGUGGAAACGACUCCCUCUGCCCCCCAGGUCGACGGGAAGGGCGGGACCGACGACACAGAAUACUGGAACGCAAAAUACGAUCUCCCGUUCCCUGACGGUAAAGAGGUCAGCCCCGAGAUCGUCGUAGAAACUCUACCAGAGGAGCCGACGACUGCUUCACCGUAUGAGGGGACGUGGUACGAAGACUACGAUGAAUAUGGGAGAAAAGAAGAGGAGACAGAAAACAAAUGGAUGGAAAGAGAACGAGAGAGAGCCAGAAAGGAACGGGAAAGGCAGGAGCGAGAGAAAGCGCAGAAACUGAAGGAGGCCGAGGAGCGAGCGCGGAGCAGACCUCGCGUCUACAAAGAGCCAAAAAAAUGCCCUCCUCUGGGGAUGGAGUCGCACAAGAUCGAUGCCGACCAGCUCACCGCCUCCUCCAUGUCGCAGUACCACUUUGCACCACAGAGGGCUCGCCUCAACAUGCAGGGCUCUGAGGAUGAGGAGGACCUGAGAGGCGGGGCGUGGUGCGCAAACUCAGAGGACACGAUCCACUGGUUUGAGAUCGACGCUCGCAAGGACACGGAGUUCACGGGAGUUAUCACUCAGGGCCGGGACUCUUUGAACGAGAGCGACUACGUGACGUCCUAUUUCCUGGCGUUCAGCAACGACAGCAGAGAAUGGACAACAAUCCACGAUGGAUACGCAGACUGGUUGUUCUUUGGAAACAGUGACAGGGACAUUCCUGUGAUGAACCAGUUGGCGGAGCCGGUGUUGGCCCGGUAUAUCAGGAUCAUCCCGCAGAGCUGGAACGGCUCCCUGUGCAUGAGGCUGGAGGUCCUCGGCUGCCCGCUGCCUGACCCGACCGAGGUCCAGUACAGACAGAAUGAAGUGAUGCCGGUGGAUUACCUGAAGUUCAAGCACCACAGUUACUCGGAGAUGGUCCAGCUCAUGAAGUCGGUCAACGCCGAGUGUCCCAACAUCACCGACGUCUACAGCCUGGGCCGCAGCACCAAGGGCCUGGACAUCAUGGCCAUGGUCGUCUCCGGGAACCCCAAAGAGCACGAAAUAGGUGAGCCAGAGUUCCGAUUCACGGCGGGUCUCCACGGAAACGAGGCGACGGGUCGAGAGUUGCUCCUGCUGCUGAUGCAGUAUCUGUGCAAAGAGUACAAAGACCGGAACCCCAGAGUCCAGCGGCUGGUGGAGGGGAUACGCAUCCACCUGGUGCCGUCGCUCAACCCUGACGGACACGAGGAAGCGUUCGAAGCCGGGUCGGAGCUGAGCAGUUGGACGACCGGACACUUCAACAACGACGGCUUCGACAUCUUCCAGAACUUCCCCGAUCUGAACAGCGUCCUGUGGGACGCCGAAGACAAGGGCAUGGUUCCCAAACUCACCCCCAACCACCAUGUGCCCAUUCCGGAAAACUCUGAAUUCAACAACUCGAUUGCCGUGGAGACCAGGGCCAUAAUCUCCUGGAUGGAAAGCCACCCAUUUGUGCUGGGCGCCAACUUCCAGGGCGGGGAAACAAUCGUGGCCUACCCUUAUGACAGUCUGCGUCUCAACAAAGCGGCCGACGGCCAGAAACCUCACAGCCGCAGGAAAAGACAGUACGAGGAGGCGCACGAGGAGGAGGAGAGGGGUUACGACGUCACAGAGUGGGGUCAGGGUUACCACGAGGAGCCGGAGGAGGACUGGCGGAGCCGGGGGUACGCCGAGCCAGAGGAGGAGUGGAGGGGUCACGGGUACGAGCGCGGCUACGAGCACAGCUACGACCGUGGCUACGACCAUACUUACAACCAAGGUCACAGCGAAGGUUACGGCCACAGGGAGGAAGAGGAAGACGACAGAGGAAGAAGUGCCGGGUAUCAGUACUUGGAACCCGACGAACCUCGGGCCGUCGCGGACGAGUCCCUCUUCAGGUGGCUGGCCGUGUCCUACGCGUCCACACACAUGUCCAUGACGCGCAACUACCACGGCUCCUGCCACGGAGACAUUUCGGGCGCGGGGCACGGCAUCGUCAACCGCGCCAAGUGGAAGCCAGUGACAGGCAGUAUGAACGACUUCAGCUACCUGCACACCAACUGUUUGGAACUCUCCGUAUUCCUGGGCUGCGACAAGUUCCCUCAUGAGAGCGAGUUGGCGCAGGAGUGGGAGAGGAACCGGGAGGCCAUGCUCAUCUUCAUGGAGCAGGUGCACCGUGGCAUCAGGGGCAUCGUGAAGGACCAGCAGGGGAACCCCAUCGCAAAUGCCACAGUGUCGGUCGAAGGGGUAAAUCACGACGUCACCACAGCUUCAACCGGGGACUUCUGGAGGCUGUUGAACCCAGGGGAGUACCGAGUGACGGCUCGAGCUGAGGGCUUCUCCCCCGUGACCAAAGUCUGCGUGGUGGGGUACCAGUCUGGAGCCACCACCUGCAGCUUUAACCUGGCCAAGUCCAACUGGGACCGCAUUAAACAGAUCAUGGCUCUCCAUGGCAACAAACCCAUCCGACUCAGCUACAGCAACAACAGAGUUCACUAUCCCGCAGCCCGAGACGGCAACAGACGCAUGGUCACCAACAGCGUCCCUUCGCCGAACUCCCACCUCAGCCCCGAGCGGCGGAGGAGGCUCAGGAUAGCACGUAUCCGUCGCCUCCGACAGCAGCGACUGAUGAGGUUAAGAUCGACUACGAUGUUACCCCCGACGACCGCCACCCCCACCCCGACAAUCACAACUCCACUUCCCACAACGCCAGAGACCACCACGUCCUGGUACGACCCAUGGCCUGUACUGGAGGGAGAGUCCUCGACACCGGGCGGCUACACGGAUUCCUUCCUGGACUAUAACUACGAGUUUAAGAUCGAUGACUAUUAAACCAACACACACAUCCCCCCCUGCCCCCCACCUGUCUGUCUCGUCGAACUGUAAACAGGCGGUUGAAGAUCCAACAGAGGAGUCUGAUCUUUGUACGACACACGGACAACGACGACGUAAAUAUUAACCGUAUUACCUGUAGCGCGAAAACACGGCCGUCACUUAACACUGAAAUGAAAGCCUCGGCGUCGAACGCGUGUUAAGUAACGGUGACGUUUUUUCCCACGCUUUCACACGUUUUACAACUGUCUUGUCUCAUUAUUCACUGUUUGCGAAAAAAAAAAUAUUGUGGAUCCACAUUCAGGAAAGUGACUUUUUUUUUUCUUUUCCACGAGACAUAAUUUUCACAUCACUUUCUCCGCGGGAAGAACGAGUAGAGUGAGAGAACCGUCGGCCAUGUUGUCUCAGACACAGAUGCUAAGGCAGGAGCUGAUACUCAAAUAAAGGCUUGAUUGUACAAAAAAAA